AGGACUUCUCUGGUUUUGUGGAUACAUUCCCUCUGCAGCCGCUCUGAUUUGAAGUGGCUGAAUCUGUUGUUCGAGAGAGUAUCUAUGCUCAAAUAUGCCUAGUGUAGGGGUACAUUCUUCCUGAAUUUCAAUUGACGUGGUUCACUUAUUGAUGCAACCGUUUGUGAGAUUACGGUAGUCUUCUUAAGGUCUAUCAUAUUUUAUGUCGCAACAAGGUGAAUAUUAUUCAAUUACUCUACUGCUAACACCUACUAGUGUCGGCGAAGGGAUCAACAGUCUCGUUUCAUGAUGUCUCCUAUGAGGUUUCGGUGCGCAAGUUUCCAUGGAGCUGUCCUGUACACCUACCAGUUCUUUCCAAUCUGAAUGGGAUAAUCCUGCCUGGGAUGAAUGCAAUAAUGGGACCCACAGGAUGUGGCAAAUCAUCUUUGCUAGAUGUCCUGGCUGGACGCAAAAACCCCCAGCAACUUUCCGGCUACGUUUUACUGGAUGGAGAACGCCCUCGAGCCAACGUUCAUCGCCAUCUUUGUGGAUACGUUGUACAGGAUAACAUAGCCGUGGAUACACUUACCGUUCGUGAGAACAUUGCGUUCUCUGCUGCAUUACGUCUACCGCGGAAGCUGACCUCGGAAGAAAGAAAGGCAAAAGUUGAUGAAGUAAUCGAGGAGUUGGGACUAACAUCGGUGGCUGACCGGUUGCUUGGUACAGCCUAUGUGCGGGGCGUUUCUGGAGGAGAAAGGAAAAGAACCUGUAUCGGAAUCGAGCUGGUCAAGAAUCCACUUGUACUCUAUUUGGACGAACCAACUACUGGAUUGGAUGCGUAUACAGCGGGUUCCGUGAUGAAAACACUGAGACGCUUGGCUGAUUGUGGGCGAACCAUUGUGUUUUCCAUUCACCAACCGAAGUAUUCAAUCUAUCGUCUGUUCGAUCGGCUCACACUUCUUUGCAACGGUAAAAUGGUCUACCACGGUCCGUCUGGACAAGUCCCGAUUCAGUACUUCCGCAGACUAGGUUACGUUAUUGAAGGCUACAACAAUCCGGCUGAUUUCUUGAUGGAUACGCUGCAUGGCGAAGUGGCCGCUAGUAGCUCAGACGAGGACAGUCGUGCAUCGCCUCAUGCAGCCAUGGAAAUUAACAGCCAAUCUCCGACUGACCUUGUCGACCGGUUCGUGGAUUUUUGGAUCCGCUCUGAAUUGUAUCGAAGGUGUCAGGCCAUGGUGACAGAAAUCGCUCGAAGGUACGAAGCCCGACUUCUCGAUACGCAUGCAGUGGACUCAUCUACCGGAUACACUGGCCCCAACCGGAAGACGUAUGAUCGUAUUACAUCUGCGGGGAGCCAUCGACGAGGCUCCAUUGAAUCAGCUUGUGGACCACUCGCUGUUGCUGACUCUGCUUCAGACGCUAGUUCAAACCACUUUUCGGAUUUACGCCUGAAUAGCGCAGCAGACUUUUCCUCUAGAAAGUUCACACACCCAGAAACUAUUUCUGACGGUGCCGUUCGAGUUGCACCUGAUUUGCCGGACAAAAUAAAUUUGUCUCACUCACGUAUACGAACACGGUACGUAGACUCUGUGAGUGCUUCUGGGGAGGACAGACACAUGCUCGAACGACUGCAAAAUGUUUCACCCAGUGCGACUGAUGAAGAAAUACCUAAAAAUCUGGGUCUUCCAUCCUACCAUCGCCGCCGUCAUUACAAGCGCUUUCGUUGCGGUUCCGGUUGUUCUGUUAGACAAGAUAAUCAUCCAGAAUCUUCUGUGAACCUUCGUUUCAAAGAUGGUCCAUAUUCCGCCUCGUUUUGCCGACAGCUAGUACUGCUGAUUCGCCGUCAGUGCCUAAGCAUGCUCAGGGAUUACCAUUCAAUGUUUUCCCACUUUCUCAUACAAUUUAUAAUCGCCGUCUUUUUCGGUACGAUCUACUACGAUUUGGACAAAAGUGCCGAAUCAGGAAUACAAAACAGAACCGGGUUAUUUUUCUUCACUUGCAUUCAACUUCUGUUCAUUAACGGCUCACUGGUUGAUGCGUUUCUCAGAGAUCGUCUCAUAUUCCGGCAUGAAACCUCCGCUGGAUUUUAUCGCAUUUCCACGUACUUCUUCGCAAAAAUCAUCACCGAGGUGCUUCCAGUUAAGGCGUUUCCUGCCUUCCUAUUCUUACCCAUCACCUACAUCCUUGCCGGGCUACGACACACAUGGAGGGCCUUUUUCUUUUGGGAGUUAACAGUUAUUUUGCUCACAAUCUCUGCAUCAGGUGUCGCGUUUUCAGUCAGUACAAUGGUCACGGACGUUCGAUUGGGUUCCAUGCUUCUGUCAAUGUUUUUUGUACUUAUGAUGAUCACUGGUGGUUUCCUCAUCAACGUACUUUCCUUAGCGCCGUGGCUCAGUUGGCUGCGCUAUCUAUCUGUUCUUCGCCUCGCUAUGAAUGUGUUUAUGAUCAACGAACUGGUGGGCCUGGAGUUCUGCCCUUCAAACGAUACCUUACACCAUACUUUCUCUUCUGAUACCAGUGGCUUUCCUUACAAUCAUUUGAAUGCAAGCACUGCCGUGGAGUUGACCAACACGUCGAGUACCACUAUCACUCCCAUUUCUGCAGCACUUCCGUGUAUUUUAGGUGAACAGUAUUUGGAAACACAGGCGAUCGAAUACGAUGGAGCAAUGGCUGUUUGGCGAAAUGAGAUAGGCAUCUUUGGAAUAUUUCUUUUGGCUCUGCUCAAUGGUUAUGUGUAUCUGCGAAUGAUGCGGAAGUACACGUAACAACUACAUUUCCACUCUUUGAGUUUCCUAAUUCUCGUGAACAGGAGGUUUUCAAGUUCGAAGAUGAUGAACUCAUUUUUUUACUAAACGUCUCCUUUUCCACUCCAGUAUACCGGUUCCUUUGUGGAACUCUUUGAACCCGUUCUAACCAUAUCCCACAGCUAAGUGCUCUGAUUUUACACUGUCUUCGACACCAGCGAAUCUCAAUUCGUCGAAUACGUUUUUUAUAUCCUUGUGUUCAGCGCUUUCCAGAUAUGAACGAUGCUCUGCUUUCAUUUCUUCAGUUGUGAUAUCCGCAAAUAUUCACUGUCUUCAUGACAUUCGUCUCUUCUUCACUUCUCGAGCACUAUUUUUUCUUCUUGUUUUGUAAAUGACUUGGACAGACAGACAGAUCUGAUCAUAUCGGUGGUUUACUGACUGGACUUCGCAAAUUUAUAGCUUAGCAUAAUAUAGUCUGG